UUCGGAUCGAAGUAACGGAACGAAAAACAAAAAGACCAUUGACCGUCCGUGUAGCGCCAGCUCCAUCGCAGUGAGUCGACGAUGAAACCGACCGGAGAUGUGCUGGCCGCAUUGCGGAGACAGAUGCAAAGUUUGCCGAACAACCUGGGCUCAAUCAACGCGUAUAUUAUCCCUUCGAACGACGCGCAUCAGAGCGAGUAUUUAGCGGCCCGGGACGAACGCCGUGCGUACGUGUCCGGUUUCGACGGUAGCGCUGGAACGGCUGUCGUAACCGAGCAGGAAGCAUUGCUAUGGACGGAUGGCCGGUACUAUCAGCAGGCGACUAAGCAGCUCGAUACCAACUGGACGUUGAUGCGGGAUGGCCUACCAACGACGCCAUCCAUUGACGCAUGGCUGGCGAAAACGCUCCAGCCCGGUUCGCGUGUCGGCGUGGAUGCGAACCUUAUCACGGCCGCAGCCUGGAACCCGCUGCAAUCGUCUCUUAAAACGGCCGGAUGCACCUUACUCCCGGUCACGCCUAACUUGAUCGAUCUGUUGUGGAAGGAUCAACCACCCGUGCCGCAUAACCCACUGCUACCGCUCGCAACCACCUUCACCGGGGCGACCGUAGCCGAGAAGCUGGCCAGCGUACGGGAAAAGCUAGCCGAAAAGCGCGCCUCGGUGCUGGUGGUGAGCGCUCUCGACGAGAUCGCUUGGUUGCUGAACCUACGGGGCAGCGACAUCGAUUACAAUCCCGUGUUCUUUUCGUACGUCAUCGUGACACCGGAUGCGCUCCAUCUCUUCAUCGAUGACGCACAAAUGCACCCAUCGGUGGAGGAGCAUUUUCGUGCGAAUGGUGUCGCGGUCGAGGUACAACCGUACGGUGAAGUCCAGACGGUGUUGAGUCGAUUGGCUGAACGUCCCACCGCUCCACCAUCGCCUGCCGGUGGUCCUUUGGUGUGGAUUAGUUCCGGUUCGAGUUACGCGUUGGCCGCCCUCAUCCCUGAGGAACGUCGGCUUCACGACAUCACACCUAUCAACCUCAUGAAGGCGGUUAAGAACGAAACGGAAGCACGUGGUCUGCGCGAAUGCCACGUGCGUGAUGGAGUUGCGUUGUGUCAGUACUUCGCGUGGCUUGAGCGCUGUCUGCGAGAUGGCAAGCAGGUGGACGAGAUUAGUGGGGCGGCUGAGUUGGAGCGAUUGCGGAGUCUGCAGGCGCACUAUAAGGGUCUAAGCUUCACCACGAUCAGUGCGUCUGGUCCGAAUGGGUCAAUCAUCCACUAUCAUCCACUGCCGGAGACGAACCGCCCGAUUACGGACCGAGAGAUCUACCUUUGCGAUUCCGGCGCUCAAUAUCUUGACGGUACCACGGACGUAACACGGACGAUGCACUUUGGCCAACCAACACCGGAAGAGAUCCGCGCUUUCACGCACGUCCUGAAAGGCCAAAUCGCGCUCGGAACGGCCGUGUUCCCGCGCAAGGUAAAGGGACAGUUUCUCGACACGAUCGCUCGCAAGGCGCUGUGGGAUAUCGGGCUUGAUUACGGCCAUGGGACGGGCCACGGUAUCGGUCACUUCCUUAACGUCCACGAAGGCCCGAUGGGCAUCGGUAUCCGGCUAAUGCCUAACGAUCCUGGACUGGAAGAGAACAUGUUCCUCUCUAACGAGCCCGGUUACUACAAGGACGGUCAGUUCGGCAUCCGGAUUGAGGACAUCGUGCAGGUGGUGACGGCGAACGUAGGGACGAACUUUGACGGGCGUGGCGCGCUUACGUUCCGUACGAUCACGAUGUGCCCGAUCCAGACGCGUCUCAUCGAUGCGAGCUUGCUGACGGAUCGCGAACGUAACCAUUUGAACGAGUACCACGCGACGGUACGGGACACACUUGGGCCGCUUUUGCGGGAUGUUAACGAUCUGGACACACUUGCUUGGCUGGAGCGUGAAACUGAACCCAUUUAGCUCGUCGAUGUUGCAAUUACUCCACCGAGCAAUUUUUGAUAUCCUCUUCCCUUAUUAGGCCAUUCUGAAAAGCAAUCUGUAAGCGAUACGACACGUUCUUAGGUAAAAAUUAUCAUUGGCAAU